AUGUCUGUCCAAACAAUACAAUCAGAAUCUUUCAUUGAGGAAAAAAGGAGGAUCACUGUACUCUUGGAUAGGGAUGGAAGAUCAGUCGAAGAAAAGGUGGUUAACAGGGAUGGGGUUAUAACCAUACCUAACCAAUCCGGUCAUGUUCAAGACAGGGCGGUAUUGUUUGUACCGCAGCUUGCAUCGAGACCGGAUUUUAUUCAUAUCUCUUGGAAACGCAACGCUGAAGCUGAUAUUACACCAAUAAAGAGUUAUAUCCCCUAUGGCUUCAAUAUUUUCACAAAUAGCAGCGGUAGCAUCGCCAAAUUUAUUGAUACGCCAGUGGGUAAAGUAUAUUACAGCGAUACAUUCGAGGAUAAUGCGCUGUCAAAGUGGUUUCCACCGGAAUUUGUAGAUCAACUACUGCGGUAUUCUGAGGAUAAUGAUCUUGAUAUAACUGUUACGAGAGGUCGUGUAGAGGUUAACAGAUACUAUGAAUUAACUGAUGAUAAUCUUUUCCCAUUAAAUGGAACCGAAAGCGUAAAAACAGAAGCAGGAAUUUUUCAAGUGGAUACGGAAGACGAUACUGAUACUAGUUUAUCGGGUUUGAGAUGCACAUGGCAUACAGGCUCUGGCGCUCUAAACAAAUGUCAAAGAACUUUGUUCUUCUAUAAUCAGAUAUAUGCGGAUAAAUCGAGCCUGUCUGAAGUUUCUUUGACUCUCUCUGAACCUGUCAAUUUGCACCCUGUUGUUCAAAUCGAUUUAACCUCAAAGAGACCCAUCCACAAUUGCGAAUAUUAUGCAUAUUUCAACCUUCCCAAAUACUUUUUCAUUGAUCAAUUCCAGUCAAUUCCAACACUCUUGUUCGGAGAACACGAUCUUGAACUGCCCGAGUACAAGCUAUCUGGAUUUGGAUCCAUAAGUUUAUUCACCUUGCAACCUGGCUCCAUUAAUGAGGUUACAUUGCACAGUAGAUAUAUCAAGCCAACGAACGAUGGAUCUGCUUUUUUUGAAGCAGCAUUUACUCCCCAAGUAUUUUAUGCCUGUGAUACUUCCAUUGAACUUACGAAACGGUCACCCUUCUAUACUGGAAAAAUCGGAUAUGAACACUUUUUCACUGACAACACCAAAUUUUACUAUCUAAAUUCUACUAAAAUGACAAUUAACCUUCCGAAACUAGACUCAUCUGAUAACUUAUGUAUUCAGCUGUUUACCUUGGGAUUGGUGCUCUUUUCUGUUUUGUAUUUGAUCAGAAAACUUUUUUGA